AUGAAACCCCCUUCUGGUACUCUCAAAUGUAACGUCAGAAGCUCUUGGUCUAAUGAUCAGCAAAUGAGUGGAGCAGCUUGGAUCCUCCGGAACCAUAACGGAGACGCCUUACUCCACAGUCGCAGAUCAUAUUCCUUGGCUUUUUCCCACACCUUAGCUGAUCUUCAUAGCCUUCACUGGGCAGUGGAAAGCAUGGUCAACCUUAAGCAAACAAGGAUCAUCUUUGAAUUCUCUUUGCCUUCUCUCCGAGAUGCCCUAGCUAAUCCUAGCUCUCAUCCUGAAUCUCAGUGGUUGUUUGAUGCAGUACAUGUGCUUCCGCAGAAACUAGACUCUUGGUGUCUGAGAGUGGCCCCUUCAUCUGAGAACAAGGCUGCGCUGGAAAUUGCUACGAGUGUCACCAGAGACUUGAGGCUCCACUCCUACGUAGCUCGAAAUGGUCCCUCAUAG